ACACACCAACCAGCUCCGGAAGUGGAGGAAUGUGGCGAACUUUAUAAAGCAGUGGAAGGGUUUUGUGUGUGUUUUUAAAUUUCCUUUCUCCUUUUUUCUUGGGAUAAUAUUUAUCUUGGCUUCUGGCUCCCACCAACACUGUCACAUUUGGGGUAUAAAUAAAUAAAAUUCCAGGCCGCCACCCAAGAAAGGAGGAGUGGAAGCUCGUGACGGAGAAAGUGGGUGAAGGCAAAGAAGAGGGAGCGACAGAGUUAGAGACAGAGUUGCGAGAGGCAGACAAAUGAAAGAAAAGAAUAAACUUCCUUGGGAUUUCUGAGAAUUGUGAGCAAACUUCCUGGAUGUAGCUGGAUCAAAGUGGCACCAGGCAAGAUCCCACUCGGAAGGCUGGGAGGAUAUACAAUUUUCUGCUUUUUGCUACGCUUGGCGCUGCCCUUUGGUGGAAGCUGUGGACUGGGACAACUACAAAAGCAGGAAGAGAGACGACACGGGACGUUCCUGUGAGUCAGCCAGAGCUGUGCCGGACGAGAAAAGGCAGUUGGGACGAGAGUGUGUGCUUUGCAAAGAUGCCCAUCCUCAAGCAGUCCCCGGUUUCCCAUUCCAAGAAGCGGCCCCGUCUGGAUCGGGCCAUGAUCAGCGCCCCAUUGGGGGAUUUCCGGCACACUAUGCACAUUGGCCGUGGUGGAGAUGCGUUUGGUGACACAUCUUUCCUCAGCAACCAUGGGGGCUCCAAAGCCAAUGGGCUGCCCCCUGAAGUGGCAGUGUCUCCUGGGACUCCAUCUAACCCAGGAGAUGUUUCUGGGCGCCUUGAAUUGCUAUCAUCCUCUGGUAGUGGGAAUGGUGUCCUUCAAAGCCCAGCAACAUCGACACCUGAUGGCAGCUUUGUGGUAUUACAACACCCUGAGACAGAAGACCGGCAGCCCCAGAAGCCUCCUAAUGGAGAAGACUGGGACCUACAGAAGUUCUCCUUGGAGAGCCCCACAUUGGAACAUGCUGAAUCCCUUCUCUCUUUCCAGUUGGACUUGGGACCCUCCAUCUUGGAGGACGUGCUGGGAGUGAUGGAUAAAGACUGGGACAGUGUCAGAAAGGAGGAACAGGAACCAUUGAGGGCUGAAAGCUCUAGCCCAGUGGAGCAGCUCCACCAAGAUGCACCAAGAGAAGAGGAGGAGGAAGAUGAGGAAGAAGAUGAAGGAGAGGAGGAGGAAGAAGAAGAUGAAGGGCAGGGCUACAGUUUUGAGGAUGAGCAGGAUGAAGAGAUUGGGCUAUAGGAUGCAAAAGUAACACUGGUCUUUGCUCUCUUUGGAUGAUCCUGCCCCGUCCCUCAAUAUUCCUUUGCUUUUUUUCAGCAGAAUUUCUCAGGCUUUCUGAGAUCAGGCAGCAACUAGCAGUCCAUGGGUCAAACCUGGGCUACAAAUGACUACAGGUUGAUCCACUGCUUCUCUGUGCCCCCUCUCAAGGAGCCUUGUAGCCUUCAAAUCUCUCAUAGUUGAGUCGAAGAGGAAAAUGGACUGAGGCAAGCAUGAUUCUUGCAAUUCUCCUUCCUGUGCACACAAAGGCUGUGCAUCAAUUUCAGUUUGGUUGGGCUUUCUUAUUUUAUUUUCAGAAGGGAAAGCAGUUUGGCCUCCUAUCCUUGUGAUUUGUCCCAGAGUAGAAACUUGUUGGACUUGAUGAACAAUCAUAAGUUACAAGACACAAUACAGACUGCUAUCUCUGAAAAACUGGGUGGCAGUUUUUAUUAUAUAUGGUUUAUUAUAUUCCCUGCAAUUUAUUGCAAUUUAUUAUAUUCCCUCCAAGGCCUGGGAUGGUAGACAUCCUUUGAUGUACUGACAAAUGAAACUGGUGUUUCCAGAACCCUGGAAUCAGUAAAGUGGCACAUCAUGGAUACCGUUAGAAAACAUUUUGUCUGUCUAGGACAUCUUCCACGUCUCAGUGGUUGGUUCAUUUUCAUUCAACCUAACAGUGGUUCUCUAUUAAACUGUGGGGUUUUUUUCCUGUCCAACCUUGGAACUGUUUUUGAUAAACAAAAAGUAGGACAGUGGAGCUGGUCAAUUAAUUUUUCCCUAUUAAUCCGUGUAGUGGCAAGUGGUACACUUGUUUAGUGUGAACAGAGGGGAAUGGGUUAAAAAUGAACAAAGAAGAAUAUGUAGAUGUUUUAUUAUUUUUCUUCUCCUGUCUGUCUCUAGCAGUUUCUCUAGACAAUCCUUACUUUGUUUUCCUACCCAUCUUCAAAUGUCAUAGUCAAUAGUGUCUAUCCAUCUUUCUAUGUAUUUAUCUGUCCGUAAUUCUCUUUUCAUUUCUUCAUCCAUCCAUUUAUCCCAGUGUUCUCAUGUCUCUAGGUAUCAUUUCACUGGUUUUGGUGGUGGUGGUUCUGUUCAGUCAGAACACCAGUGUAUCUGUGUAUCCUACAGCAGUACUAUCUGCACUGCAAGGCCUCUUGCUAUGGGACUCCAGCCUCAAUAUGGUGUAAGACUGGAGAAGGAGGAAGGAGACGUUGGAUGGUUUCAGGGAAGUUACUGAGGAAAAUGGCUUUUUAUCUGGGGCUGUGUGUGGGAGAGGAGAAUCUUUCAUAUCUUCUCAAGGAUCCAGACAAGAGAAGGAGGACAGGAUGCGCUAAUGAAGGAAGAAUAUUUUGGAGCAUAAUGUGAAUUGACUUUUGAGCAAAAUUGUAAAUAGCCACUCAACUGGUCACCUAUGGUGAGUGUAACAAUUACACAUAGGUGACCAGACACAAAAUGUUUCGCUCACUGUUAGAAGGCUUUUCCCCAUUGUCUUCAGCCCAUCAAUAUAUAUUUUUAAAAACUGACUAAGAUAUGCUUGAACAAACAGGUCAGCCCCAGUACCUUUAAUUUUUUUAUUAUUCUAGUAACCUUUUUUUGCAGAUUUACUUACAGUGGACGAAACUGGAAAUGUUCAGGUGGAGAAAACAUUCCUCUUUUUUUCUUUUGAUGCUGUGAUGGGGUCAGGGGUACAGGGUUGCAUCAAUAGAUUGCAGCUUCAUCAAACAAACUGGACAGCCUUCCAAAUAAGAUGCUUUUAAGCUGAAUACAAUUAGUGGGCUGGAAAUGGUGAUAACUGGAGGGGAAUUUAGUGGUUGAUAGUAGCUAACAGACCUUUUUAAAAAAGAAACCUGGGAUCUCAGAACCCUAUUCAUCACCAUAACUGCCUGUCCUUUGGCCUCCUCAGUCCUUUCUUUUGUGCUCUGUUUAAAAUGGCAUUCCAUUGAAGGCAUCCUUGCCUCUCUUAAAGGAACUGCAUGGGUGUUAUUGGUGGAAUGUUUUAGAAAACUCAGGCCAUCUCCUGUAUGUCUGCACAUCAUCAGGAAGUAAUGGCAACUAGCAAUUAAAAAAUUAACCAGGAACAACUGGUGUUUCUUCCAUUCCUCUACUUGCUCCUUUCCUUGUUACUUUGGCUGGCAUCUUCUGUGAUGUACCCUUUUGGUAGUCCCAACUACAGCAUUCCUAUUGGAUCAUUGGGAUUUACAUAAGUGUUGACUCACCAAUCAACAGCUGAUUCAAUGGGUCUACUUUAGUUGGAGGGGUUUACCAAUAUGAUUCAGGCCCUUUUAUGGGCAAGGCAGUUUCAGAGCUGGAAAAAUAAUGGUUUUGAGCUCUUUCUAUGGGUGCUUACAAAUGUGGAGAGAAGGGAGAGAAUCUAAUCCAUGUGAGUAGUAGGUUUUUGUAAAAAAAAAAAAUCUCUAUUGUGUACUUUCUCCAGAUUUGUUCAUCAAAACUGGAAAAAGGAUCAUUGUCACAUAUACAACCUUACAUGAAGGUUUUUAUCUGCUAUCAGAAAUCUAGCUGGCAUUGUUCAGAUGAGAUUUCCCACCACCUGUCCUUGCCACAUAAUGGGGACAUGAUUUAAAUUUAUCAGCACGAUGUCCCCAAUGAUGUUUUUACAGCCAACACUGGCACUAUCAUUUAUCUGAUGGCCAUGCCUCUGAUAUGGCACGGGUCAUUUUCUUCUACUUGUACCCCUUGUACUCUUCACCUCUUGCAAGUAAAGAGGUGAUUUUGGAAGUGGGUGGGGAGAAUCCAUUGUACUGCUAAAAUAAAUCAAGACAUUCUCUUCAGAUGGCAGAUCAAUAAAAAUCCAGAAGACCUACCUCCUCUGUCCCCUACCAGUUUCCACUGAAUUAUUCCCCAACUGCCGUCUUCUAAAACCAGUAACUAAAGGAGCUGUCACAAAAAUAGGCAGCAGAGAUGAGCAAAAUCUCUUCUAACUUGAGCAAUCCUUGAGCUGGUGGUCUUGAUCUGCAACUUGGCUAUGCUUCAGCCAGGAACACUGCAGCUAUGUAUGGGCGAAGGCACUGGUCUUCAGAAAGUGUGGGUGCACUGGGAUCCAAAAGAAAGUAGGAAGAGAUGGGAGUGAUGAAGGAAGAGAAAGAGACAAGUAGAGAGAUUGCAAUGUGGAGAAAGGGAGACAAGAUGAAGGUCAUGCAUAGGCUACAUCCUUUAAGAGGUUCUCAGAUAGUUUUAAACUUCAAUCGCCCUUUACUCUUAGGAAUUGUGGCUAGACCAUCUUGGGCAGCUUUUCUCAUGCUCACUUGCAUGAUAUCUCCCAGAGUUUCCUGGGGUAUGAAACCACUAUGCUUGUAAUACAGAUGUGUUCCAGAGAGGAAGAGGUGGAAGAGGAGCAACGUCAUGUGCAUUCCCAAAAUUGCUUCUCUCAUAGGUUGGGGCUAACAGUGGGUCCCGAAACUGCGAAGUGUCAAAAUGGUGGCUCUCCAAGAAUAAAGCUUUUUUUUUUAUUUUGUUUUGUUUUAUUUAAGGAUCGCUGUGGUUUUGCAAAACAGAGUGGUAGGGAAAUGGGUGGUGAAGUCGAGGGUUUUGUUUUUAAACUUUCCUAUUUUAUGGCCUAACUUAUUGUGUAACCUCAAAUUUGUCCUUCCCGCUUGCUGUGGACUCUGUUUAUCUCUGUUUUUGAAUGGGAAAUGUGAAAAACGAUUUCCUGUAGUGACUCUGUGGGUCUCGGAUGCUCUUUAAAGCUCUUCCAAGCAUGUAGCCACAAAGUUCCAGCCACUGACUGCAAAAAAGAUCAGGGCUGGGCUCUGAUCUCCCUUCCCUUGGAGAGAAGAUAAAGCCUCUCAUUGUUUAUCCUCAUUUAUUCACCUCCCAGCUUUAAGCCUGAAACCUAAAUCUUAGAUCCCCAUGAGUAAGUGCAGCAGCAAGAUGGUUCUCUUAUGAACAUUUAUUAUUUUGUAAUAGCUCACUUUAUGGAUCCAUGUGUAAGAAAAUAUCUGUAUAGCCCUCCCUUCUCUACAUCCCUACUAGCAGAAUAUUUGUACAGUGACCAAAAAAGUGUUUGAUAUUUCUUGUAAUUAAAAUCAAAUUAGUUUCA